AUGAAGGCCGUCGAGUCGAUAAUACCGUACCCCGUCGCGCUCGCUUGGGCGAUAAUCGCGACCACUCUCCUCUGCUCGCUCUCGAUCGUCACCCUUCAGUUUCCCCGUGGCUGCGGAGAGAACGGCAAUGUCUUGGCGGCAGCAAUGGGACUCACAGAUGGGCCACCAGAAGGCAGUGUUCUCACGCUGAAACUUGCCGGCGCUUCCGAUUCGCUGGCCGGCGGAGGCGGUGCGGCGGGAGAGACAGCGUCCUGCACUGAUUGGUUGUCAACCAGCCGUCCAUUUCAAGGCCGCGCGCUCCCAGAUCCGUGGGCGUUUACUAAGUGGACACCCCGCGUUUCUCCGUGCCUUGUAGCGGGGCUGCCUAUAGAGGAGCUCGAUGCGCAUCUGAACUUCCGCCGGGGGUGGACCCUCGGGUUCGUGGAAGACGUGGAAGAUAAGACGCAGGUUCUGCCGUUGAUGCGCGGCGCCUUGGAUCCUAAAAUGCACGCAAGGAAGCGGAGGGUUUAUAUCGACCUCGGAGCCAAGACGUUCAACACGAGUGUAACCUGGUUUCUCCAAAUGUAUCCCCUCGAUUUCACCGAGGUUCAUGCGGUGGAAGCAAAUCCGGGCGUGUUCCAAAUGCCAAAUGCAUCAGUAACAAAGGUACUCGCAACUGAUUUGGGCCAGAAUUCACGCCUGCGUCCGACACACGAAGGCCCAGCAGACUUCCCACAAUGGCUGCUGAAACGCGUUCAUCCCUACAACUUCUACGUCUCUUCCCAAGACAACCGGGAGCAG